UGAAUUUCAGCGCGGCAGCAGUCGGGUUUCUCGUCGGGAGAUCAGGUUUAAAACGUACCCGCUGCCUCGCGCUCCUCUCUCCGUCCUCCUGUCCCUGCCUCGGCGCUCUCCUCCUGCCCAUCGCUGCCCUUUUCUUUCCUCCACACAUCCUUACUUUGAGUGGAAGUUUCCCCAGGCAGAGCUGGUCCACCGUCCGCGGUGCGCCCGGAGAGUCGGAGGCAUGAAGCGACGUUAGGAACGAGUGACCGAGGAAGGAAGAGCGAAAGAGGAUUGCAGGGCGAAGGGAAUAAAACAGUCUGAGUGAGAAGGAACCAGGAACGAGUUCAAGCUGAAUCCGGCAGGCCUGCUGACUAUGCCCCGGAGCCCCACCUCCAGUGAGGAUGAGAUGGCCCAGAGCUUUUCCGACUACUCCGACGACUGUGCCUCCGACAGCUCCCGUGAAGAGACCAUUUAUGAGACCAUAAGGGCCACGGCCGAGCCAUCGCAGAACCGCAUGGACGACAUUCACACAAACUCGCUGGUCAUCCGUGUUCUCAUUCCUGACCUGCAGCAGACGAAAUGCAUGCGGUUCAACCCGGAUGCAACUGUCUGGGUUGCCAAGCAGCGGAUCCUGUGUACGCUUAAUCAGAGCCUGAAAGAUGUGCUCAACUAUGGGCUUUUCCAGCCAGCCAGCAAUGGGAGGGAUGGCAAGUUCCUGGAUGAAGAGCGCAUCUUCCGCGAGUACCCCCAGCCAAUCAGCAAGGGGGUCCCGUCUUUGGAGUUCCGCUACAAGAGCAGAGUCUACAGGCAGCCCAAUGUGGAUGAGAAACAGAUUGCCAAGCUUCAUACAAAGUUCCGCUACAAGAGCAGAGUCUACAGGCAGCCCAAUGUGGAUGAGAAACAGAUUGCCAAGCUUCAUACAAAGGUAUCUGCCAAUACCGAGUACUGA